UACGUUUCUGAAUGACGGAUCAUGCUGCCUUUCUAAAAACAUAACCAAGCGGUUCAGAUUGCUGUUCGAUUUUAGCAGGGCGCGCCUCCCUCACGUGACGGACCAUAGCUCAGUGCACCUCUGGCCAGUUUAACAUAAUCCCAUCGUGGUUGUACAAGGUGCUUUCGCUUUCUUCCCACAAAAGAAAGCUAGAAAGAAAGAAAGCAACAAUCUUGAACAGAUAUUCAGUAUUCAAAACAAAAAAUUCCAUUCCCCCACCACCUAUCUCGUUUAGUUUUUAACACUGCUGUCAAUGACUUCCCAGUCACUGGACUUUGCCCUGGUGGAUUGAUAGAAAAAAACAGGCACCAGAAGAAUCUAUUCAUUAGUGGUUGUGGACUGCUUUUCAACUUGAAGUACAGGAAGCUGUAAUAUAUAAAGCAGAUUUAUCUUAUUGUAUGAGGUAAAUGAGAAGAAUAUUUUCUCAUUCUGGAUUGAGUUACAUGUAGGGAUUGUAAAUUAUAGUCUGCAAUAGAAUGGCAGACCGAAAAGCAGUGAAAAUUGUCAGUGGUCAACCAGACUUUCUGCAGUUUAAUAACCUGGCCUGUGAGACAGCUGGAGGGAAAAAAGAGCCACCAGAGUUCAUAGCGUCUGCAUUCACCGAGUACGGAAAAUGGAUGGAUGGCUGGGAGACGAGAAGGAAAAGAAUACCUGAUGAGGCCCCAGCACUGACCCUGGAGGGAGACCGCACUGGCAUGGCUGCUUCCGAGAGUCAGUUUGAAGCAGUUGCUAAGUUGCACUCUGAGUCAUGGGAGGAGCUUGUUCCUGUGACAGAGCUGAAACCUGGAUUCUCCGACACCUGCCAUAACUACUUCCCGAUCACCUACCCCACGAGAGUCACCCACCUACGACUCAACAUGUACCCAGAUGGGGGGAUUGCUAGACUGAAGGUCUAUGGCGUUGGACAGAAAGACUGGUCUGCCCUGCCUACACAGGACCAGCUAGACCUGGUGGCCCUGGUCAACGGUGGGGUCUGUCUGGGCUACAGCGACGCCCACUUUGGCCACCCCCGGAAUAUGAUUGGUUUGGGAAGAUCUGCAAACAUGGGCGAUGGAUGGGAGACAGCCCGUCGACUGGACAGACCCAAAAACCUACAGGUGGAUGGGAAGGGCAUCCUACAGGUACCAGGUUAUGAGUGGGCCGUUCUCAGACUGGGGCAUCCCGGAGUCAUCAGCCAAAUUGAGAUAGACACCAACCACUUCAAAGGAAACUUCCCAGACUCAUGUAAGAUAGAAGCGUGCUAUCUGACCCCCGAGGAGGAAGGGAAGUAUGUGAGCGGCAGGUGGAGCAGCGAUCCAGGAAACAAAUGGCGGGUGCUUCUGCAACCUCAGAAACUCCAGGCCCAUCACAGGCACUUUUACUCAUGUGACCCGCUGGCGCUGUCUGGGCCGGUCAGUCACGUGCGUCUGGUCAUUGCCCCAGAUGGAGGGGUCAGCAGACUUAGACUCUGGGGACGUCCGUCUUCCACAAGACACACCUCCAAACUGUGAUGCAUUAGGCCACAUUAUUGGAUGAGUUUUGGUGAGCUCAUUGUGGAAAUUAAUGGCCUGACUGUAACAUGUAGUCUACUGUAGGCUACAUAUGAAGCUUAAAAAAAUAAACUUUCAUCUGAAAAGAUA